CUUUCAAAAGUUGAAGAUUACGGUUCCAAAAAUCAGAGAUAUUGCAUGUGCAGAUUCUUGCGAGAUUCGCGCAAUCCGUUUCGCCAUUCAGUCAUCUGUUUCCAUUUAUUUCAAACUUCCCAUUUUCAGUUGUUUUUCAUAUUUUGAAUUCGGAAUGGUGUCAACUAGGUCAGCUUCCAAAAAUUCACCCCCUCAAAAAAUGAAGAAAUCAACAUCUAGUCCGAGUUCUAGCAAAAGAAAAAUUGAGUUUAAUGCAAUUCUGGCGACAAUGAAGAAUCGUCGAAAGGCUGUGCGUGAAGAUGGAUAGGCCUGUUUCAUAUGCGGGUUUGCCUAAAAAGGAUUGGGAUCAUUUCAUACAACCUUCGGACCAUUUUCCUAUUAAGGUUACCCAUCUGAUCAAACCAAGAUGUAUAGCGAGUUUUUGUUAUUCAAGACCUACGUUGAGAAGCAGUUUUUUGAAGUUUUAAGUGUAUUGUCUGAUUUGAAGAGUGUUGUGUGUGUGAAUGAUCAUCACGAUCAUAUGACGGAGGAUGUUGCUGGAGAUGUUUCAUCCUCAGAAGCUACCCAAAGUAUGCUAUCCAAGAAAUCUGAUGACGGAGACCAUGAUGCUGUGGAGACACCUAAAGAUGUUUUUGAAUCUGGUACACCAAAGGAGGAUCUUUGUUUACCGUUGCAGCUGUUAGUGAGUCACAAAUUCAAAUUGUUUGGUGAUGAAGGAAGUUUUUGAUUUGUAAUUGUUAUGAUCAGGUUUUCAGUUGGUUAACCAAUAACAAGAUGAAAAAAUGCUUAUGAGAAUAGAAAUGUUUAUGAGAAUAGAACG